CAACACUCAAUGCCGCAAGUAUAUUCAAUUAAGCAAGUUGAAGAGCAUAACACUCUUGAGUCUCUUUGGGUGAUAUUUAAUGAUAGAGUAUAUGAUAUUACAGAAUUCGCUAAAGACCAUCCAGGAGGCGAUGAUAUUUUGCUAAAAUAUGCAGGAAAGGAUAUCACUAAAGUCAUGUCAGACAUAGACAUGCACGACCAUUCACAAGCUGCUUUUGAUAUGUUGGAAGACUAUUUGAUUGGCGUUGUAGAAGAAAGUGUGUUAGAAAAUACAACAGCUAGACGUUUGACAGGACAACGUGCAAGCCUUCAUCGCCGACGAGUGGAAUUAUUGAGCAAAGAAGUUGAAUACAAGACAUAUACAAAUGAAAAUUUCUCUCCUUCUUUGACUGACACAAGGCUAGAUAUAAAGACGCACCAAUUCCUAGAUCUCAAUAAGCCUUUAGUACCUCAAAUGAUGACAAUGAAGUUUACAAGAGAGCAUUAUUUAGAACAGGUCCAUAAACCUCGAUAUUUAAACAGGCCUGCCGAUUUCUUUGGCCAUCCUUUAUUGGAGCCUUUGUCAAAAACAGUAUGGUGGGUAGUUCCCACAGUAUGGCUACCUUAUGUUGGCUAUAAUAUUUACAACUCGUUAAAUCUUGGAUCCAUAGAAGCAACAGCCCUAUUCUUUACUCUGGGUGUGUGUAUUUGGACAUUGUUGGAGUAUCUUUUGCAUCGCUUUCUGUUCCAUUACGACGAUCGAAUGCCAGAAAAUCAAUGGAUGUUUUUGUUACAUUUUACUCUACAUGGCUUCCAUCAUUAUUUGCCUAUGGACAGAUUAAGGUUGGUUGUACCGCCUGCUCUUUUGGUCGUUCUCGCCUAUCCCUGGAUCAUGUUGGCACACAUGUUAUUUCCAAGUCCAAUGGCUUUUGGAGUGGUUGCUGGUGGUAUGUUUGGCUACGUAUGCUAUGACUUGACACAUUAUUAUCUUCAUCAUGCCCGAGUUAUUUCGUUUCAUUUCUCAGAAAUGAAGAAAUACCACCUUGCUCAUCAUUACAAGGAUUUCGAAGCGGGAUAUGGUAUUACAUCCAAACUUUGGGAUUAUGUCUUUAAAACUGUUCUUACUUAUUAAUUGCUUAACUUGCUCUAUGCUUAGUUUAGACAAUUUCUUUUUACAUUUUUAUAAAUCUAAU